UAUUUGUACGUUAAUGCUGUACAAUGUGAAUGCAGAAAAAAAAACUUUUAUACUGAAUUGGUAUUAUUUAACGACUUAAUUUCUUAGCUAUAGAGGCUUCUGGUAAUUUGGACAUUUGUGCAAAAGGGAACCAAAAACAAUCUGAGACAGAAAAGCUGAACCGGAAACCAUUAUGAAGUAAACAGGAGGCAGGUGUGCUAAUUCAGACAGGUGCGUUUGCACAUUUGGCAAUAAAACAUUAAUCAUGCUGCAUAUAGUCUAGUUCUUAAAUGUCGGCACAAACAUCAGCCCUGUGCUUGCUCUUUGUUUUAUUCUCGAGAACAACGUGUGUGUGUGUGUGUGUGUGUGUGUGUGUGUGUGUGUGUGUGUGUGUGUGUGUGUGUGUGUAAAACCUCUCCUGUGUCAGUCGGACAGGCUGUGUAAGUGUUGUAGGAGGAGCGUGUAAUGAAUCAGGCCUUCAGCUGUGCAGGUUUAGGUUGCUUCCUCUGUCCUCAACAUUCACUCACUGCCGGUGGGACUUGGGUAACAUGUGGGAGGACGAUGGGCCUGGAUAAUAUGAACUGGGCUGGACUAUUGCAGAACCUUCUGCUGGUGAUCCAUCUGCAGCAGGUCAUUUGUGGUCCGGUCCGAUUUUCCGUCCCAGAGGAGAAGGAGGCCGGAUUUCUUGCAGGUUCACUUAGCAAAUACUUUCCCCCUCCUUACCAACUCCUGACCCAGGAGUAUCUGCGGAUGGACAAAAACACAGGGAAUUUCUACACCACUGAGCAAAAGAUGAAUCGUGAGGCCCUCUGCCCCAAGGACACAAAAGCUGAGGAAUGUAUUAUUUUACACACCGCCGUCAUUGGGCCCUCAGGAGACCUUGUACAGUUUCCUGUGAUCAUAGAGGACGUCAAUGACAAUGCACCUCAUUUUGAAAACAGUGAUAUACACCUCAGGGUGUCUGAGGACACGACUGUGGGGACCAGUGUCUUACUAGAUGACCGGGCUCAGGACAUGGAUGCUGGACAAAACGGCGAGCUGCAUUACCGCCUGGAAGAUUCUGAUGGCGCUUUCAGUUUGAAAGUGGAAGGCGACGGGCCUGUCAUCAUGCUGGUGGUGAGGACUGCUCUGGACAGGGAGACUAGGGACAUGUAUCACAUGGCGCUGGUGGCCACCGACUGUGGCUCAGAGCCUUUGAGUGCUACCGCAACUUUAAUAGUCACGGUGACAGAUGUUAAUGACCACUGUCCGAGCUUCGGCACAGACCUCCCCCGCAACGUCACCGUCCCGGGGGACGCCACGAAGAACACGCUGGUGGCUCAGGUCAGAGCCACAGACCGAGAUUCAGCACCGAACGCCGCCAUAGUCUACUCCCUCGGUCCCAAAGUCUCAGAGCAGGCCAGGAAGCUCUUUAGCCUCGACAGCCUCACUGGGUACAUCAGACUCACACAGGACCUCCACAGCGACAGCUCCGAGGUGCUGCGGUUGAACGUGUUAGCCAGCGGCCAUCACUGCCCCCCAGCAGACACUCGGGUAACCGUAUCCAUCGUCCCCAAGGCCAACCAAGAGCUGAUGAUCAAGAUCGGGUUCAUAGCAGAUCAUCAAAACCAGACUGUGGUGUUACCAGAGAACCAGCCCCCCACUGUUUUAGCUGUAUUAGAGCUCCAGGGUGACGGCAGUUUUACAGGCUCAUCUCUCGCCAUCGAGAGUGAGGGGCCUUUCACUUUGAGUCCACAGAACGGCAAAUAUCUGCUUUCCACGUCAGAGCCCCUUGACUACGAGACGAAAAGCGCCCAUCACGUUCACGUGGCAGCGCACGGGGGAUCAGCCGAAGGAUCUGUGGUCGCAUCUUCGAGGCGGACGAUCAGGGUGCUGGUGGCAGACGUCAACGAUAACGCGCCACAAUUUUCCCAGUCUCACUAUCAACUGGAGGUGGAGGAAAACAACCAGCCAGGGAUGUCGCUGCUGAGGGUCGCAGCGUCGGACGCAGACAGUGGACCCAACGGCAGGGUGACCUACAGGCUGGACAAACUCGCGUCUGCCGUCUUUAGCGUCGCCCCCGACACAGGCCAACUGUCUGCGUCAGCCGUCCUGGACAAGGAACAGCAGGGCGAGUACAAACUCACCGUGUUUGCACGGGACGGCGGCUCGCCUCCCCUGGAGUCCGCGGCCGGCGUUUCCGUUCGUGUCCUGGACCAGAAUGACAACGCGCCGGUUUUUCUAACCCCUCACUACAUCUUCUUCGUCCCUGAGAAUGUGCCACCGUUCACCGAGGUGGGGGCUGUCGGGGUGACCGACGCAGACGAAGGCGAGAACGGGGACACGUGGUUGCGCGUCGUGAGCGGCAGUGGACCUCUGGUGGUGUACAACCCCGAGGGGACGCUGCGCACCAACGAGAACUUGGACCGCGAGACGGACGACCGCUAUGAACUCCACCUGCUGGCCAGCGAUCGGGGGCGUCCGUUAGCUCUGACUUCCACUGCCAGGGUGACCGUCUUCGUGCAGGACAUCAACGACAACCGGCCGAAGGUGAUCCUUCCCAGCAGCAACUCCUCGUGCCAAACCGUCUCCCCGGGAACCACUGCAGGCACCGUAGUAACAACGAUAUGUGCCAUCGACGAGGACUCGGGACUGAAUUCGGAGAUUACCUACACUGUUGCGGCGCCAGAGUCGGGGCAAAAAAGCAGCCCUUUCCAGUUGGACUUAAGGUCUGGGAACAUCACUGUAGCGCAGCGACUUCUGGAGAAAGACCUGGGGAUGCAUCACCUGUUUGUUGUGGUCAGAGAUGGGGGGACACCAGCUCCACUUUAUACCACCGUCUGGGUCAACAUGUUGGUCAACGAGAGCGCGGGCCGCUGCAUCUUGGACAAGGCGCCCACCUGGAUGGGGACAUCUGACUGGUAUCAAACCCCCUCAAAGGCCCCCAUCUGUGAGGUGGGGGACACCAGAUCUGCUGGGCUGACACUGUUGGUGGGCCUGGGUAUGAUGCUGGUAUCCACAUGUUUCCUUUUGGCGACAGUCGUUUUGUACUUGAGACGGAAGAGAAGAAGUCUACAACUGAGCAAGAGGGGGCACGUUGAGGAGAAUGAGAUUCCACUCAGGCUCAAAAACAAAUAUUACUCUGAUGAUUAACAGAUUAAAGCAAGCA